UAAGAUUUAGUAGCAGUGAGAAGAGAGAAGCACAUGGACAUGAAGAAGCGAGCUUCAACCAUCCUUUUGUUGAUGUGGGUUAUGGUGAUUUAUCACUGCGUUGCAGCUGUGUCCGGUAUGUCCAAGUCCAAUGUCACCACUUCUCUGUGCGACGGCUCCGUAGAGGACUGUCUCAACGCCAUCCACUUGGAUUCACAGCUUCCCACCAUCUCAAGCUCUCACUUCCGCAGAAUCCUUGCUCAAAAUGAUAAGCAAGUGACUGAUAAUUUACAAACUUCUGAUCAGGCCACCAAAUGUAGGGAUAUCAAUAAAUUUUAUAGAAAAUGUGGGGCCAAUACUAAUCCUGGUUUAGACAAAAUUUGUGCUCAUGAGCAGUUCAAUAGGAAUUGCCCUAACAUCAAUCCUCAGUCACAAUGAUCUCUAAAAUCGUCGUCGAUCGCGCGUCGGCCGGACAAGCUAUAUAUUUAUGUAUUCCAAUGCUUUCGCUUCCUCACUCCACUUCUGAUGUGCUGUGUCUCCAGUAUUGGCCGUGUUUCUGUAACUGCAAGAAUAAGUCCAUCUCAUCAACUGGACCAAAUGUUUCAGAAGGAUUGUGAACAUGUAUUUAUCUGUAUGCUUUUAUUUUUUUUAUUUUUAUUUUUUCUGUUUACUCAAUUCAAUAACUAUAUGUGUGACUUCUCUUAAAGUAAUAA